AUGGCCGAUGAAAUCGAAGUAACAAAAGAAAUAUCACACGACCCCGUGGUAGAUGGCUUCUCACACCAUGCCGGGAACAUCGCACACGACCGCGAGCCCUACGGGCCACCCGGUAUGCGCGGUUUAGUCGCCAACCCAUUUGUGUUGCUGUGUGCAGCCUGCUCAACACUAGGAGGGCUGCUGUUCGGUUAUGACCAGGGUGUUGUGUCAGUGAUUCUCGUCAUGGACCAGUUCCUCGCUGAAUUCCCGCGAGUAUCGGAGACCGCAUCGGGAGCGGGUUUCUGGAAGGGACUUUUGACGGCCAUGAUUGAAUUGGGUGCUUUGAUCGGUGCGCUGAAUCAGGGUUGGAUCGCGGAUAAGAUUUCACGCCGCUAUUCGAUUCUUGUUGCUGUUGCUAUCUUUACGCUUGGUUCCGUGUUGCAGACUGCUGCUUACGGAUAUCCCAUGUUGACGGUUGCUCGGUUCGUUGGAGGUCUUGGAGUUGGUAUGUUGUCGAUGGUUGCACCGUUGUAUAUUUCUGAAAUCAGCCCCCCUGAAUGCCGUGGUACCCUUCUGGUCCUCGAGGAAUGGUGUAUCGUGCUCGGUAUCGUGAUCGCGUUCUGGAUCACCUACGGAACCCGCUAUAUGGUCGGCGAAUGGGCUUGGCGUCUCCCAUUCCUAUUGCAAAUGAUCCCAGGAUUUGUCCUCGCUGCCGGUGUAUAUAUGCUUCCAUUCUCCCCGCGUUGGUUGGCUUCUAAGGGUCGCGACGAGGAAGCACUCCUGAGUCUCAGCAAGCUUCGCUCCCUACCACCAACAGAUAGACGCGUUCGCCAAGAGCUCUUGGAUAUUCAGGCCGAAGUACGUUUCCACCAGGAAACCAACAAAGAGAAGCACCCGAAUCUUCAAGAAAAGGGCGCCAAGAACUCAUUUUUGCUGGAAAUGGCAUCUUGGGCCGAUUGCUUCAAGAAGGGAUGCUGGCGUCGGACUCAUAUCGGUGUUGGACUGGGUUUCUUCCAACAGUUCAUUGGUAUCAAUGCUCUCAUCUACUACUCCCCAACCCUCUUCAAGACAAUGGGUCUCGACUCGAGCAUGCAGCUCAUUAUGUCCGGAGUCCUCAAUAUACUACAGCUUGUUGGUGUUACCACUAGUAUUUGGACCAUGGACUCGGUUGGUCGUCGGAAGCUGCUGCUAGUUGGCGCAGCUCUCAUGGCCAUCUCACACAUUAUCAUUGCGAUUCUGGUUGGCAAGUUCUCGAACAAUUGGCCGGCACAUCGGCCUCAGGGAUGGGCUAGUGUGGCCAUGCUGCUGUUCUACAUGAUUUCCUUCGGAGCUUCUUGGGGACCCAUUCCAUGGGCACUGCCUUCCGAAAUCUUUCCCUCUUCUCUGCGUGCCAAGGGUGUCGCUCUAUCGACCUGUUCUAACUGGUUAAACAACUUCAUUAUCGGCCUGAUCACACCCCCUCUCGUACAAAACACUGGCUACGGCGCCUACGUCUUCUUCGCCGUAUUCUGCGUCCUGGCCGGAAUCUGGACCUACUUCUUCGUCCCAGAAACCAAGGGCCGCACCCUGGAACAAAUGGACCAUGUCUUCAAAGACAAUUCCAGUGCAGCAGACCAGGCAAAGAGGCACGCUAUUGAGGUCGAGUUGAUCCGCGCACAGCAGGAGGUUGCCCACCGCGAAAUCGCGUGA